GCAAUUUGGGAAGGAUUGGAAGAAAGAAAGUAGGGUGACUUGAGAGAUGACAUCAUUCCUCAUUUGAAUAAAUCUCAGCCGGGGUAGUGAUUGGUUGUGAGCUGGAGAAAGUCGAGUUACUUGGCUAUUCAUCCCUUUCAAUUUCACCCCCGCGCGCAAUGCCGUGGUAAAACCCUCUCCGCCUGUCCAUCCGUCCCGGCCAGUAGAGAUUGUCUGCGUGGACUGCAAAUCGCUUUUCCUUUCUUUGGAAGGGACGUGCAUCACUUCUGAAAUCGGCGGUCGACAGAAGUUUCUUGGUAAUCUGGCUGCUGUACUUUGGCCUGUUUUUCAUCUCGUUCGGUUUCAUUUUCCAAUUUGUUACACUUUGUAUUCGAGGAUUCUGAAAGGAGUCGGAGGAUAUUGUCAAACACUGGGCGUAGCUGGAGAUCAAGCUAUAGCUAGCAACACUGCGUUGAUCAGACUCCACCAUCACCUGAGAGCAGUCACCAUCUUCAGUCUCAAGCUCUCCAGCCCUCCUCUGCAGAGACGGACAGCCAGGACUGAGGGGAGAUGAAACCGGAUGGGGUUGCCACGGCAGUGAUGGAGCCAAUGGAAGCACUGGACGCCGAUCCGGUAAACGAGCCAGUUGUGAUGGGAGAGGAGCCUAACCAGGCUGCGCCGGCACCUCAGACCGAGGGAGUUGGCCAGCAGGGAGAGAUGGGGCAGGGCGAGCCUCAACCAGAGCCAGCCCAGGUGGCCCCCACCAAGACGGGAAACAGCAAGGCUGCAGCAGACCCAAAAGCCAAGACCAAGGCCCCCGCUGCUAAGACAAAGCCUGGGACCACCACCACAAUUAAGACCACGGCCGGACCAGGGUCUCGACCCAACACCGCCCAGAGCCGACUGACCAAUGGGGUUUCCAAGCCACAUGCCAACGGAGUGGCCAAGAAGACCACCACUGGAGCCCCAGAGAAGACCACGCCCAAGAGGCCCGUAGGCACAGCCGUUGUACCUACCACUAAGACCAUCGCCAAGGUUGGUGAGAAGAAGCCAGCGGGCACCACCCGCCCUACCUCGGCUCCUGCUGCCACCAAUGGGGUGAAGGCCACCACAGGAACAGCAGCAAAGAAGACACCUGCGGCGCCAACUAAUGGUGUCAAAGCCACCACCACCGCUGCUAAGAAGCCCACAGCUCCCCGGCCUGUCUCUGCAGCUACCACCAAGCCCAGCACUGCCGCCGCUCCCAAGCCUGAUAGGCCUCCUGUUUCCAAGACAACCAGGCCUGCCACUGGUGCUCCAGGAUCUCGCCCUGCCUCUGCUGCAGCCAGGCCAGCCACAGCCAGCACAGCCAAGAGCUCCACAUCCACAGCCAAGCCUGGCACCCCCACGGCUAAAACCACCUCCACCACUCCCAGACCAGCCUCUGCCAAAGCCGUCUCUACAACACCCUCAGCUGGACGGACCCCGACAUCACAGCCCUCAAAAACUCCCAUCAAGAAAGAUGUUACCAAAUCAGCCACCAAGAAGCCUGCAGCGGCUCCUCUCACUCGUACCUCACCAGCCAAGACCACCAAACCUGAGACUCCCAAAUCAGCCUCCGCACCCAAGCCAGACUCCACCCCCAAGAAGCCGGCUGCCAGCAGCAAGGCCGCAGACACCAAGAAGACGCCAAGCAAGCCUACGCCUUCAAAGGAUGUCAGUGCUGGCCCCAAGACCCCUAGUAGCAAGCCAGCAGGGAGGGCUUCCACCCCUAAGAAGACUGUGGGCAGCAACACCCCCAUGGCAGUAAAGCGUGGCCCCAAACCCACAACGGCGGCAGAGCCCGCGACUGAAACUGGUGAGACCCAGGACGCCGCUGUUGCUGCUGCCAUAGCUGCAGCUUCCUCGGCUGCUGUAGUCUCCAUGGCAACCUCGGAAGAAGCAGUGGUGGCUGCAGUCCCAGAGGAGAAGGAGACUGUGCUCCCUCCGGCCAGCCAGCCAAAGGAGGCCCCAGAGGCCUUUAUCUCUCAGCUGUCAGCUCAGCUGGACCUGGUCCACCUGGAAGAGCCAGCAGACACAGUGUCUCCCCUGGGCACCACGGUCAUGUCUCCUCCAUGCUCCCCGGUCGGGGCCAUGUCCCCGGUCAGGGAGCCCCAGAAUGCCUCUGCUCUGCUGGACAUGCACGUCCAGCCAGAACCCAGGUCCCAGAGCCAGUCUGCCAUGGCUCCACAGAGUCCAGUACAGGAGGAGGUGAUUUUCCAGCCAGACUCCUGGGCCCAGAACCAGUCUGCCAUGUCUCCACAGAGCCCGGUCCAGGAGGAGGUGAAUUUCCAGCCAGACUCCUGGGCCCAGAACCAGUCUGCCAUGUCUCCGCAGAGCCCGGUCCAGGAGGAGGUGAAGGUCCAGCCAGACACCUGGGCCCAGAACCAGUCUGCCAUGUCUCCACAGAGCCCUGUCCAGGAGGAGGUGAAGGUCCAGCCAGACUCCUGGGCCCAGAACCAGUCUGCCAUGUCUCCACAGAGCCCGGUCCAGGAGGAGGUGAAGGUCCAGCCAGACUCCUGGGCCCAGAACCAGUCUGCCAUGUCUCCACAGAGCCUGGUCCAGGAGGAGGUGAAGGUCCAGCCAGAUGAGCAGCAGGAGGACCUCCUCAUGCCCUCCUCUUCAGCCCCUCCUGCGUUCAGCAUGAUGUCUCAGCCCAUGGAUGAGUUCACCUCAGGGGUCCUGGUCUCUCCCUCUCUGGACCAGGAGGAGGCAGUGGAGAAGGCAGAUGAGGAGAUCAACGAAGAUGAUGACAAUGAUGACAAUGAGGAAGAAGAGAGGAUGGUGGGCAAGCCGACAUCACUAUUUGACAUGAGUAGCUCUCAGCCCUCUGUGGAGGCCAAGCCUGCAGGCUUCGGUGGUGCCACCAGUUGGCAUGGGGAUGACCUCUUGUCAGGGAUGGACUCUGAGGAUGUGAGCAGUAUGAGCAGCCGCCUGCAGGGGUCGUCAGAGAUUAGCAGUACCCAGCACACGGGCCUGCUGCAGGGUACCCAGAGCUCCGACGCCCUGGUAGACUCCAGCCUCAAGGGCUCCGAAGGAGAAGGGGCCUUCAUGUGCUCCCCCGAUGUGGAGACCCUGGCCAACGAGGAGGAAGAUGAGGAAGAGGAUAGGAAAGUGUGCAAGCCGACAUCACUAUUUGACAUGAGUAGCUCUCAGCCCUCUGAGGAGGCAAAGCCUGCAGGCUUUGGUGGUGCCACCAGUUGGCAUGGGGAUGACCUCUUGUCAGGGAUGGACUCUGAGGAUGUGAGCAGUAUGAGCAGCCGCCUGCAGGAGUCGUCAGAGAUUAGCAGCACCCAGCACACAGGCCUGCUGCAGGGUACCCAGAGCUCCGACGCCCUUGUAGACUCCAGCCUCAAGGGCUCCGAAGGAGAAGGGACCUUCAUGUGCUCCCUCGAUGUGGAGACCCUGGCCAUCGAGGAGGAGGAAGAUGAAGAUGAGGAUAGGAAAGUGUGCAAGCCGACAUCACUAUUUGACAUGAGUAGCUCUCAGCCCUCUGAGGAGGCCAAGCCUGCAGGCUUCGUUGGUGCCACCAGUUGGCAUGGGGAUGACCUCUUGUCAGGGAUGGACUCUGAGGAUGUGAGCAGUAUGAGCAGCCGCCUGCAGGGGUCGUCAGAGAUGAGCAGCACCCAGCACACGGGCCUGCUGCAGGGUACCCAGAGCUCCGACGCCCUGGUAGACUCCAGUCUCAAGGGCUCCGAGGGAGAAGGGGCCUUCAUGUGCUCCCCCGAUGUGGAGACCCUGGCCAUCGAGGAGGAGCGAGUUGAUGUUGAUGAUAUGGACUUGAGCUCAGAGCGGGCAGUGGACCACCGGAAGGUGUGUCAGCAGGAGGAUGAGGAGGAGGAGGAUGAUGAAGAUGUGGAGAUGCCCAGCGAAGGGGUGACGGAGAGUGGACUGGAGAGCUGUGGGAACGCAGACGAGGACGACUACACAGAGGAGGACCGCUUGGAUAACCUCAGCCGUUCACCCAUCCCACCUUCCUCAGCCUGGGGUCAGACAAACCCCUUCACUGACCCCUGGGCCCAGCCUCACCUCUCCUCCCCCCACACCGCCUCCAGUCCCCUGUCUGACCACGGGGCUGACGGCCCUGAGACGCCCACCCAGUCCUCUGCCCAGGCCUGGUUGGAUCUCAGUGCCCCCUCUCUGAUGCUCCAGUCAGAGCAGCCCUCAGAGCCUCAGUCUGCCCCUGAGGAGAUGGAGAGCUCUGCCCCAGUGGAGGCCUCUGCUCCCCCAGGGCCCCAUGCUGUGGGCAUGUCUCAGUCCAGCACCCUGAGUGGCACGGCCCUGGCCGUCCACAGCAGCAGUGAAACCAGCACUCCCGAGGAGCUCCGUGACUAUGACAGCAGCUCCGGGGUGGAGUCACGCUCUGACAAGCAGCAGACUCCCGUGCCAUCCAAUGUGCAGCCUGACCUGGAGCAGGACUUGGGCAUCCAUCUGGAGCGAGGUGACGAGGAGGAGGAGGCUGAGACGCUCCCUGCUGACGAGGUCCUGGGAGCAGGCCCUCCUACUGCCCCCGCCUCUGCCCCCUCCUCCCCCUCCACUUCGGGAGACGAGGCCAGCGACACGGAGGGUGAGAUGCAGAUCAACGACCCAGAUGUCCCCGUCACCAUGGAUGACAGUGCUGAGUUCGACAGCCCACCGUCCGCCUGUAUCCUGCCUGCCCUGGAAGAGGAGGUGGUGGAGGUGCCGGCCGGAGAAGGAGAGGAGGACGGGGGUGGCGGCACGCCCCAGUCUGCCAACUCAGUGGCGUCUUACGGCUUCGACUGCACCAUGUCCAACUCCAACGCCCACUCCACUGCCGAGAGCUGCGGUAAGAGCCCCGGCAUCUUCUCCCUGGAGAACGAGGACCAGUUGCCCGAGGAGGCCAAGGACCCCUCCCUCAUCAAGGAGCUGACCCUGCCAGCAGCGGCCGCCCAGUCAGAGGAGCUGCUGGGAGGCCCUGUAGACCUGCUGCCCCUGGGCCAGCCUGGGGACCAGCACCACUACAUGCUGGGGGGGAAGGUGGAUGCUGACGACCUGGAGGCCAACACCCUGGAGGACACCCUCCGCCUGGGGCCCCAGCAUGCCGGGGAGGCCAGCGAGGGCCAGCCACCCUACUACUCUGCAAUAUGCGAUAAGACUGAUAGCUUUCUGGCAGGUAACGUAUAAGUCCCUACCCCUGGAAUGCACCUUCUCCCUCGCACCCCUCCCCCCUUGUUGUUCUUAGUUUUUCUCUCGAGGUGGGUUAGAUGGUUUAGAAAAACAAGCAAAUGAUGGUAGGAAACAAAAAGCAAGGGGAACGAAAAAGACUGUAGAUCAGUGAAGCCUCCCUCUUUCAUACUACUAUUAUGGUUAUGAAUGUAUGGCACUACUUUAUGUACAAUAGCUACUAGCUACCAUUUUCUAUUAGAAUGUUCUUUUGAAGUAACACUCUGUAACCCCUGAGGGUUAUUGACUGACUGGUCCGUUGGGACAAAGCUCUUAAAAGAAAAGGAGAAUGGACUCUACCUACAUGUGUAUUUAUCCUACUGUUUUUACCAAACAAAUGUCAAUUAUUAUUUUUUUGUACUUGUUUUGUUGGAACCCGGUCCUCCCUCCCCUAUGUACACGCUCCAUUUGAUCCUGCACCGUAGAGAUAUCCUACUCUCUUUUUUUACAAGUUUGUCGUUUUGCUUUCAACACCAUUUUAGUAUCUAAUAAAGGCUAGAUAUUUAACAUGGCUUUCCUCCCCUUACAGUUUUCUUAAGACCCGUAUGAGAGUGUUCGAUUUGAAGUUUGUCUAGUUUUAAUUUGCGCUACAGGAAGUUUGCCUCUCCCUGCAUAGAUUAUCGUGGCAAGUAACGUUGUCAUGUACAGUGUGUUUUGAGGCAUCUGUUUUAAGUGGUCAUGCUUCAUGCCUCUCUUAGUUGAUCAUUUGUGCUUCAGAACCAACUAACAACUAUUUGUGGGAAAAAACCUGCAUUCCUCUGCAUUUAGAAUGACGCUCACUGAAAACGCUUUUCUCACUGAAACGCUUUUAGUGAUUUUGGAUAUUUCAACUUGCAUGUACUAACAUUGAAAUUGUAUCUGAUUAAACCAUUAUACACUAGGGAUGUUCAUAAAUGAAUGGUUCAUGCUAAGUAGGUUUUUCAAAAUUCCAUUAAACAUCAUUGCAAGGCA